AUGGAUACUGAACUUGGCUAUCAGCUUCUGCUUGGUUACUUUGCAUUGCUGCCCAUCCCGAAGUGUACCUUGGAGGAUGGUUACCCAGAGGUGCUCCACUUGACGCUGCACCCAUUUCUGGUUGAUGUUGAUGUUCCUCUUGAUGCUGCACCUAUUACUGCUGACAUUACUGCUCCAACUGAUGCUACACCUAUUACUGCUGAUGCUGCUGCUCCUCUUGAUGCUGCAUCUAUUACUGCUAAUGGUGGUGCUCCUCUUCAUGCUGCAUCCAUUUCUGCUGCUAUUGCUGCUUCACUUGAUGCUGCACUUGUUACUGCUGAUGUUGCUGCUCCUCUUGAUGCUGCACCUAUUACUGCUGAUAUUACUGCUCAUCCUGAUGCUGCACCUAUUAUUGCUGAUAUUGCUGCUCCUCUUGAUGCUGCACUUAUUACUGCUGAUAUUACUGUUCAUCUUGCUGCUGCACCUAUUACUACUGAUGUUGCUCCUCCUGAUGCUGCAUCUCGUACUGCUGAUGUUGCUGCUCCAACUGAUGCUGCAACUAUUACAGGUGAUGUUGAUGCUCCUUUUGAUGCUGCGCCUAUUACUGCUGCCGUUGCUGCUUCUCUUGAUGCUGCACCCAUUACUGCUGAUGUUGCUGCUCCUCUUGAUGCUGCACUUGUUACUGCUGAUAUUGAUGCUCCUCUUGAUGCUGCACCUAUUACUGAUGAUGUUGCUGCUCCAACUGAUGCUGCAACUAUUACUGCUGGUGUUGAUGCACCUGUUACUACCGAAGCUCAUGCUCCUCUUGAUGUUACACCUAUUACUGCUAAUGUUGCUGCAACUCUUGAUGCUGCACCUAUUACUACUGUCAUUGCUGCUUCUCUUGAUGCUGCACUUGUUACUGCUGAUGUUGAUGCUCCCCUUGAUGCUGCACCCAUUACAGCUGAUGUUGAUGCUCCUCUUGAUGCUGAACCUCUUAUUGUUAAUGUUGCUGCUACCUUGAUGCUGCACCCAUUACUGCUGAUGUUAAUGCUACUCUUGAUACUGCACCUAUUACUCCUGAUGCUCAUGUUCUCCUUGAUGCUGCUAACUUUGCUGCUGAUACUGAUGCUGCUCCUGAUGCUGCACCCAUUUCUGCUGAUGUUAUUGUUCCUCUUGAUGCUGCACCUAUUACUGCUGAUAACUUUUCCUCCAGAUGGUGCACCUAUUACUGCUGAUGUUGCUGCAACUCUUGAUGCUGCACCUAUUAUUUCUGACGUUGCUGUUAUUCUUGAUGCUACACUUGAUACUCCUGCUGUUGAUGCUCCCCUUGAUGCUGCACGCAUUACUGCUGACGUUGCUGCUACUCUUGAUGCUGCACCUGUUACUCCUGACGUUCAUGCUCGGCUUGAUGCUGCACCUAUUACUGCUGACAUUGAUACUCCUCUUGAUGCUGCACAUAUUGCUGCUGAUGUUAGUGCUCCUCUUGAUGCUGCUCCUAUUAAUGCUGAUAUUGAUAUUCCUCUUCAAGCUGCACCUAUUUCUGCUGAUGUUGCUGCUACUCUUGAUGCUUUUCCUAUUAUUGCUGAUGUUGGUGCUCCUCUUGAUGCUGCACCCUUUACUGCUGAUGUUGAUGCUUCUCUUGAUGCUGUGCCUAUUACUGCUGUUGAUGGUCGCCUUGAUACUGCACCCAUUACUGCUGAUUUUGCCACUUCCCUUGAUGCUGCACCUAUUACUGCUGAUAUUGAUAUUCCUCUUGAUGCUGCACCUAUUCCUGCUAAUGUUGAAAGUCCUCUUGAUGCUGCACCUAUUACUGUUGAUGUUGGUGUUCGUCUUGAUGCUGCUCCUAUUACUGCUAAUGUUGAUAUUCCUCUUGAUGCUGCACCUAUUACUGCUAACGUUGAUAGUCCUCUUGAUGCUGUGCCUAUUACUGUUGAUAUUUGUGUUCAUCUUGAUGCUGCUCCUGUUACUGCUGAUAUUGAUAUUCCUAUUGAUGCUGCACCUAUUUCUGUUGAUGUUGGUGUUCCUCUUCAUGCUCCUCCUAUUAAUGUUAAUGUUGGUGCGCCCAUUGAUGCUGCACUUGUUACUGCUGAUGUUCAUUUUCCUCUUGACUGUGCAUCUAUUACUGCUGAUAUUGAAGUGCCUCUUGAUGCUGUAUCUACUAUUGCUGAUAUUACUGCUACUCCUGAUGCUGCACCUAUUACUGCUGAUGUUGAUGUGCUUCUUCAUGCUGCACCUAUUACUGCUGAUAUCUGCUCCUACUGA